AUGGGGCUCAUCAAGAUCUCAGGCGACUACUCGGACCUGCUUACCGUCUUCCCUCUACCUAAGACGCUCUUGAAGUCCAUACUCCCUAAGGAUGUGUAUGACGGUCUCCUCCCAGUACCGGCGAACUACGGGCUCAGAGCCGACGAACACCUAGUGAUGCUCCACCUCGGGCGGCAGAAGACUGGACCCCCAUUCUACAGGUUCAAUGCCCAGGAAGCAAAGGUCGAGAUCCCGUUCAUCGCUCCUCCUUUCUCGUCCUCGCGGGAAAAGGCGGUGCCGAGCGUGUACAAGCACUCUUUGUGGACGGACUCGCUGUUGUUAGCUACGAGCGCAAGGAUGACGAUGGGCCUGCGGACGGAGAAGGCCGUGUUCGACCCUCCUAAUGCACCAGGUGACGCGGGGAGCCUGCGUUCUCUCACCGAUGGGGCCGUGGAAGCGAAAUACGAAGUGAAGGGGAAGGUCUCCUGGUUUGGGAGGAAGGACAAGUGGCAGGGAGAGCUGUAUGCGCAGGAGAAGGAGACGGUCAGCACUGCUGGGAUCUGGUGGUUUGGGGAGUAUGCGGGCGGGUCGUUGUGCCAGUUCCCAAUGACCGCAAAGCGCGAGAACGUGCCAUAUAAAGCGACGAUCCGCCUUCAUCUGCCCAGCAUCCAACUUGGCUCUUCCCCGCUGCCUGCAAGCCCGGCGCUCAGGGAGAACUAUAGGAUUGAGGGUGAGUGGCUUGUCCUUCAGGGGGUCACUACCUGGUGGAACGACGCUUCCUGGGAGUUGAACGGGCCACAUAAGGCUGCCGAGGUGGAGAAGCAGUUGGCCAAGUGA